GGUAUCGACGUUAAUCGCACGUUCGAUUACAUCGGUCUAGUCGUCUUCACGGACACUGUGUUACACCGACGGCCCGAUUUCUGCAACCGGACGCAAGGAUACGGCGAGUGCCUCACUGGUCGAUGCUACAGGCUGGAGAAAAGAUGCGACGGUAUAUUCGAUUGCGAUGACGGGUCGGACGAGGCGCGAUGCGUCGAGCGGAACGCGACUGACUUAGCACAGUUUCGCAAGUGGCGGUUCAAUCGGAUUCAAAGGCAGUACGAGAAUGUUUGGCUGUGGAAGGACAUCAAUAUCGGCCCGCAUGGCCGACAGAUCUUCAACCUGGACGUACCGCGGAGACCGGUACACUGGAUGGUCACCGUGUUCAGCAUGUCGCCCAGCAUCGGGUUCGGUAUGUUGCCGAAGGCGCUAGAAUACACCGGGGUUCUGCCGUUUUAUAUAAACGUGGAGAUGCCGACUCGCAGCAGACAAGGCGAGCAAAUUGGUAUUCGCGUGUCGGUCUUCAACUACAUGCGUUACAAUAUCGAGGCAACAGUAGUCUUGGCGGGAUCCAAAGACUACAAGUUCGUUCACGUUGAGGACGACGGCAUUGUGCAAUCGUACAAGCCGCGCACAUCUUUCGGCGAGCAUCAAUUCUUCAUCUGGAUCCCCGCUCAGGACGCCAGUAUCGUUUAUCUGCCCAUCGUGCCGGUGAGACUCGGCGACAUUAAAGUUCAUGUCUACGCGACCACGCUGAUCGGCAGGGACUCGGUGACUCGCAACCUGCAUGUCGAGGCGGAUGGGCUGCCGCAGUAUCGACAUCAAUCGAUUCUGCUGGAUCUCAGCAAUCGCGCCUACGUGUUCCAGUACAUGCACGUGAACAUCACCGAGACGCCCAUCAUAUCGUC